UAAAACUCAAUCAAUUGACUUAACUAAAAUCACAAUUCAUACUAAAUCAUAGCAACUUCAUCAUAAUCCGGGACUUAAGAAAAUUAACUACUCAUGUUAAAGUAAAAUGCUAAGAAAAGGUUGAAAAGCAAAUAGUUCGUUUUUAUUAUCCUGACAAUCAACAACAUAUGAUUGCUUGGAAUGCCCAAAUAACUAAACAAAGACAAGUUCUAAUCAACAAGGAAGGAACAAUUCAAGAACCGGGGAAUUUUGACUGAUUCAAACCAGAAUUCCAAGAGCAAUAGCAAUUUUGCACUCCCCUGGCUUCUGUUCUUCCUUCUGGCAGUGGAAUUUUGUCCGUUGCUCUAAGCAGAGAGUGACUCCGCAGCCCCGUUUUUUUUCCUGUCCGGCUUCCUCCGAGCCUGAGUCCUGCCUUCUAGUCUGGCCUCCUCCCUAAAAACCCUCGCCACCCUCUUCUUUGUUCUUGGGCCGAAAGAUCCCUUCUUUCCUGGAUUUGGAUUGCUGGUGCGGCUAAGAAGACCAAGACUUGUUGUUGUUGUUCUUAUUUCUGGGAUCCAGCCAACUAGACAAGGUAACGAGCCUUCCUUCCAGCUUCCGGUCUGGCCCUUUCCUCUGUUUAGUGCCCGACCAGAAUCCCCGACCUCGAACUUCCUCCUGCCUCCUGCUCCAGUCCGGCUUAUUCCUCUUAAAACCCUUGCUGCUACGAUAUAAAGCUUCUGGUGCGGUUACAUGGCCCAGACUCUCUGGUCUAUUUCAAUUUGGACUUUGCUGGCCCUGUUAUUUUCCUAGUGCACAACUGGACUGAUUUUUUUCUCUCCAAAUGUGGGUGCCGUCACUUAGAGGAGUAAUCCUCUUUUUCAUUUUGUUGUUUGCUGAGCAGUCCUUCAAAACAAAAAGUAUUUGGCUCACUUCUUUUAAUUUUCCAACAACCCUUGGAAAAGGGAAAAUCUCCACAAAUCAGUCCAAAAAUCCUCAAAUCCUUCAAUUAAAGUUCCCACCUGUAAAAAUCAUUUUUACACAAAAUAUAACUCUCAACCUCUCAAUUAGGCAAAUAAUAAGCAUAGAAUUGUGAUAAAUUAAUAUAAAAAUGAAGCACAAAUUCUAGCUCAUCAGUCUACCGUAUCCGUGGUCCUAUGAACGGACCGCUAAGCAGUGUACACUCGGCACGCACAGACUCCGAUAAAGAACUGGUUCUUCGUGUCUGAUCCAUGGAACUGGUCUUCGUUCGUCUACCAUAUCCGUGGUCCUAUGUAUGGACCGCUAAGCGGUGUACACUCGGCACGCAACAGACUCCGGUAAAGAACUGGUCCUCUGUGUCUGAUCCAUGGAGCUGGUCUUCGUUCUUCCCAAGUCUCGUGAGUUACUGGUCUCCUGGUUUCGCAGGAGACGUUCGUCAUCCCAACUAUGAGAAGAAACAGGUUUAUCCACGUCGGGAUUCCCUAUCUCUGUUCGUCCCCAGUCGUGAGUUACUAGUCUUCUGGCUUCGCAUAAGACGUUCGUCAUCCGUUCAUAAGGGGGAGGAACCGGUACACCCUGUCAGGGUUCCCGUUUCUUCGUUCGUCCCUGUCGUGAUCCUACUAACCUUCUUCCCUCGAAGAAGACGUUCGGUCAUUCACCGAUCGCAAGGAGGAACUGGUUUACCCUAUCGCGGGUUCCCUGCUUCGUCGUCCCAUGCUCGUGGCCCUACUAGCCUUCUGCUUUGGCAGAAGGUGUUCAUCGAUCCACGGGAAAUGGGAGGAACUGGUUUAUCUUGCCGAGGUUCCCUUUGGUACGUCUAGCCUCCCCCACGUUCCUACUAACCUCCGCGUCGGGAGACGUUCGUCAUACGCGGCGAAGGAAGAUCAGGCAUACCUCGUCAAGACUCCCUCUCUCAUAGGAUCUCGUCUCCCCUUCUCCCCAUCCUUUUUUUUUAGGGAGGAAAAUACGUUUAUCGGUUCUAAGAAUGACCACAAGUGAUGUCACACAUAAUGGUGGUGGGAUACAAAAACGAAUAAAAUGACGAGGCGAUGGAAUAGCUGGUCGUCAUGUGAAGGCGAUGGUCACCCUCCUGGAGGGGAGGGGUGAGCCCGAUCGCUAACUCAAGAAGAUCGGCGUUGGGAGCCGACAUACAAUGAUCAUGAUGUCGCUGAGCAGUCGGUCCUGAUAAGGAGAUGACAAUAGUGUCCGAUCAGGCUGAUAUGUCCGAGCAACGGCUCUCAUCUACGCAGCGCGAGGAUGAAACCGGUCUUCAAAUAUGGAAAGCACGCCGAGCCGGGAGGCCGGUCGUGAUAUAACGGUGUCGGCAAUGAAAGGCCGACCUGAAAUCAGGAUGGUCUCACGGCCCUCGGCCGUGAUGGUCUCCUCUAGGCCCUCGGCCUCUGAAUGAUGGAUGAUCGUCCCCGGGCUUUGGCCUCCGGGUGAUGGAUGUUCGUCCCCGGCUUUGGCCUCUGGGUGAUGGAUGUUCGUCCCCGGGCUUUGGCCUCUGGGUGAUGGAUGUUCGUCCCCGGGCUUUGGCCUCCGGGGGAUGGAUGUUCGUCCCCGGGCUUUGGCCUCCGGGGGAUGGAUGUUCGUCCCCGGGCUUUGGCCUCCGGGUGAUGGAUGUUCGUCCCCGGGCAUUGGCCUCCGGGUGAUGGAUGUUCGUCCCCGGGCAUUGGCCUCCGGGUGAUGGAUGUUCGUCCCCGGGCAUUGGCCUCCGGGUGAUGGAUGUUCGUCCCCGGGCUUUGGCCUCCGGGUGAUGGAUGUUCGUCCCCGGGCUUUGGCCUCCGGGUGAUGGAUGUUCGUCCCCGGGCUUUGGCCUCUGGGUGAUGGAUGUUCGUCCCCGGGCUUUGGCCUCCGGGUGGAAGAUGCUCGUCCCCGGGCCUAGGCCACUGGACGAUAGAUGAUCGUCUUCGGGCCCUUGGCUCUUGAUGGUCUUCUUUAGACGCUCGGCUUCUGGGGUGGAGGAUGCUCGUCCACGACCCUUGGCUCUUGAUGGUUUUCUUUAGAUCCUCGGCCUCCGGGUGGAAGAUGCUCGUCCCCGGGCCUAGGCCACUGGACGAUAGAUGAUCGUCUUCGGGCCCUCGGCAUCCGGGGUGAAAGAUGCUCGUCCACGGACCUUGGCUCUUGAUGGUCUUCUUUAGACCCUCGGCCUCUGGGUGGAAGAUGCUCGUCCCCGGGCCUAGGCCACUGGACGAUAGAUGAUCGUCUUCGGGCCUUGGCUCUUGAUGGUCUUAUUUAGAUCCUCAGCCUCCGGGUGGAAGAUGCUCGUCCCCGGGCCUAGGCCACUGGACGAUAGAUGAUCGUCUUCGGGCCCUCGGCAUCCGGGGUGAAAGAUGCUCGUCCACGACCCUUGGCUCUUGAUGGUCUUCUUUAGACCCUCGGCCUCCGGGUGGAGGAUGCUCGUCCCCAAGCCCUUGGCACCAAGGUUCAUCUUGAGCAUCAUCUCUUAUCUGACUAUGAUCUUAAUCUGCACAAUGAACAUAGUAACGCGGCCAAAUGGCCAGACAAUAUGUAUAUGUGCACAUUUUUUUUUGGUCGGCUUGGGAUUCUUCCGGCUUGACGGUCGGCCUCGGAGUGCGAUGACCUUCAGCCCGGCCCAUCACCCAGUUCUUCCAGAUAUGAGCAUCGACCUUGGGGUACGAUGACCCUCGGCCCGGCUCAGUGCGUCCUCUGAUUAUUAAAUUAAAGUGACGGUGGAAGCUCAUCCCCGAGCUUCGCUCGGCAUUAUUUAUUUUGGGACAUUUUAAUCCCUAUUAAAUAAUGGUGAGAGCACAUAAUAUUAUGUGUCUAUUUGAAAUUAAUUUAAGUAAAAGUCCAAGAAUGGGUACUUAGCUUUGCACUUUCUUGAAGCCCAAUACCAUUGGUCCAUGUUACUGCCCUUUAGACAUUAACUGGCUUGAGCUGAGCUACACUUUCUUGAGGACGGACGUCUUCACCCACGAGCUUGGGUCAUUGAGAGUCGCCGAGCUCAACAAAACACCUUUUUCGGGCAGCGUUUUCCACCGGACGUUCAAGCACAAGAGACAAUUCGAUCCGUCGGGCAGUCCGGGCAAAUGGGGUGGUUUCUAUUGGCCGGGCAUCUUCUGUGCCAGUCGGCGGAAUGCUGGUGCCUCGCCUAAGCGUCCAGGAGCGGCCUGAGAGAUCGGUGUUGCUAGUCCUGGGUGCUGAUGCGCCCCAGACCGAGCUCGAUGAGCAUACUUGGGCAGCUUCUGCUGGGUCUGGCUGGUCUGCUGCUCCAGGCCGGGCGGUGCAGCAAGUGGUGGCCGAACUUAGCUGGUUCGAGGUGCUGAGGUCUGCCCGAGACAGAGGCCGGGCGGCAGUUCGUGUUCCUCAGAGUACUCUGGUUGCGAGCAGCCCUGAUUUCUAGACUUACCACUUGAGGACCCGUUUGCAGUCCCACUGCCCUAAUCAGGAGUACGUACUGCGCAGGAGGAUUCCUGGGGACGAGCAGCAGUCCUGGGGUGACCACAUACUGUGCAAGAAAUAAUGGGAUGCCCUACUCCGGUUAUGGGGCUGGCCCGGGUUGCUUGGUGAGGCCGGGGGCGUACGUGCCAUGCCAGAGGCUUCGACCAAGAGAGUGGCCGCACGGCUACUGUUGCUUACCGUAACCUUCUUCGUCUCUUUAAGACUUUGCAGCGGCUGCGGAGGUCAGGGGUUGCCGAAGUGCAAAGACGGACGGCUAUAUAGCUUUUGUGGGCGUCCAAACUGAGGUUGGUCUGGCAACGAACGGCAUCCAAAACCGGGUAUGCAUACGUGCUGGGUAUUCCGGUAUGGAAGACGGCGGCGAGGUUGUUGAUUUGAUUGGCAGUUCUGCGGACCGGCAUGAGUAGGCGUGAGGUGAAGUGGCGGUAUGAUAGACGUUCGUAAAACUUCAAUCGGCCAGGAGUUUGUUUGAACAAGGUUGACCAAAGGAGCCUACCGUUCGGCCAUCCUUUGAUCGUAUAGUAGCAAAAGGAUAACGUGUACCAAGGUUAGCCACAUGUCUACUGUCAAAUCACUGCUUUUUCUUCUGGCUUCUCACGUUCACCUUGAGAAGUACCAAGAUAAGGCAUUUGGGUCCCACUGUCACAUUAGUAGCCAUUGUCCAGAAAUUUUAAUCUCGCCCCCACCUCUCCUCCUGGGUUGCAAUGGCUAUCUCCCCCCUUUUCAUUUGCUUGACAAAAUCAGUUUAAUUAGUAUGAUUUUUUUUCUUCUCAAAAUGAAGAACAACGUGAAUCUUUUUGGACAGAUUCCCACAGACGGCGCCAGUGUUGAGUUUAAUCCAACACGAUAUAGUAAAUAUAUGUAUGAACACUCAGUUUUUACGUGGAAACCCGAAAGGGAGAAAACCACGGGACUUUUUAGGCUAAUGUCCAAGCCCUCUCUUUCUCAUUAGGCUCUCCUCACCAUUACAUAGUACAAUCUGAGCUCC